CCAGGCCCUCGCCGCCAAUGCCGCAGCAGGGUUCGCUGUGUCUGAGCCUCAGGUGGCCAUGUUCUGCGGGAAAUUAAACAUGCACUUCAACGUUCAAAUCAGCAAAUGGGAACCAGAUCCCUCUGGGAGCAAAAGCUGCUUCCAAAAGGAGGAAGAGAUUCUGGAAUACUGCCAAGAGGUGUACCCGGACUUUAAGAUCACCAAUGUGGUGGAAGCCAAUGAGCCAGUCAGCAUUGAUAACUGGUGCAAGAAGGGGAAGAAGAAUUGCAAAGGCCACAGCCAUAUUGUAGUGCCCUACAAGUGUCUAGUGGGUGACUUUGUAAGCGAUGUACUUCUGGUUCCUGAGAAGUGCAAGUUCUUCCACAAGGAGCAGAUGGACCUGUGUGAGAAGGAACAAUACUGGCAGAACGUGGCUCGAAAGGCCUGUGUGACUGAGGUCAUGCUCCUCCAUAGUUAUGGGAUGCUGCUUCCAUGUGGUGCUGGCCAGUUCCGUGGCACAGAGUAUGUCUGCUGUCCCCAUGUCAAGAAACUAGCAGAGCCUUUGUCUAAAGAAGAGGAGGAUGAGGAGGAGGAAGAGGAAGACGAGGAUGAUUAUGACGCUUACAAGAGUGAAUUCCCAACCGAAGCUGACGUGGAAGACUUUACAGUCGCAGUGGAGGAUGAGGAAGAAGAGGUAGAGAAUGAAGAUGAUGCUGUAACAGAUCGUGAUUAUUAUUAUGACAAUUACAAGGAUGAGGACGAAUAUAACGAUGAGACACCCACAGAGGUCACCAAUGGCCGGACAUUGUCUGAUAAAGAGAUCAUUACAGAUGUGAAAGCUGUCUGCUCUCAAGAAGCCGCAACUGGGCCCUGCCGCGCCAUGUUUCCACGCUGGUACUUCAACCCUGAACAGAAAAGGUGUGUCAAGUUUAUAUAUGGCGGCUGCGGUGGCAACAGGAACAAUUUUGAGACGGAGGAAUAUUGCAUGGCAGUUUGCAGAGUCAUGAUCCCUGCCACCUCUGCUCCACCUGAUGAUGUGGACAUCUAUCUAGAGACCCCAGCUGAUGACAAUGAGCACGCUCGCUUCCAGAAAGCCAAAGAGCAACUUGAGGUGCGACACCGCAACAGAAUGGACCGGGCCAAGAAAGAGUGGGAGGAAGCUGAACGCCAGGCCAAGAACAUGCCAAAAGCUGAAAAACAAACCCUGAUGCAGCAUUACCAGGCCACGGUGAAGGCCCUAGAGAAGGAGGCAGCACAUGAGAAGCAGCAGCUUGUGGAGACCCACUUAGAGCGUGUGGAGGCCAUGCUGAAUGAUAGACGCCGCAUUGCCCUGGAGAACUACCUGUCAGCCCUGCAGGCUGAGCCCCCUCGUCCUCACCGUAUCCUGCAGGCUUUGAAAAAGUAUGUUCGUGCAGAGAACAAGGACAGGCUGCACACCAUCCGCCAUUAUGAGCAUGUUCUGACCGUGGAUCCAGAGAAGGCGGCACAAAUGAAGUCGCAGGUGAUGACCCAUCUCCAUGUAAUUGAAGAGCGGAUGAACCAGAGUCUGUCCCUCCUCUACAAAGUGCCAUAUGUGGCCGAACAGAUCCAGGAUGAGAUUGAUGAACUCUUGCAAGAGCAGAAGGCAGACAUGGACCAGUUUACAUCCUCUUUCUCCGAGUCACAGGGUGACGUGCGGGUGAGCUCUGAGGAAAGCGAGGAAACUCCCGUGAGAGAAGGGAAACCGUACCGCCCUUUCCAGGUCAAAACAUUCCCAGCAAUCACUGAAUCUGAAGAAGCGUCACGGGACUCCUACCUGCCAGUCAGAAAAGGAUCUGGAAUGGCUGACAACAAGCCUCUGAUCGGAGCCGAAGAGAAAAUUCUCAACAGCAAGAGCAAAGCUGACAAGAAAGUGGUGAUCGAUGAGACCCUGGAUGUUAAGGAAAUGAUCUUCAAUGCUGAGAGGGUCAGCGGGUUGGCAGACGAGCCGGAGACAGAGAGUUUGCGUAACGAAUUCAGCUUCAGCAGCAGCACUUUGAUUGGACUCCUGGUCAUCGCUGUGGCAAUUGCCACCAUCAUCGUCAUCAGCCUGGUCCUGCUGAGGAAGAGACAGUAUGGCACCAUCAGCCAUGGUAUUGUGGAGGUGGAUCCAAUGUUGACCCCAGAAGAACGCCACCUGAACAAGAUGCAGAACCACGGCUAUGAAAACCCAACAUACAAAUAUCUGGAGCAAAUGCAGAUCUGA